GGGGGGAGGUGGAGAGGAGGGAGGGGGGGCCGGAGAGGAGGUGACUCCUCAGCCUCAUUUAGACAGAGCGAAAGGAUCAUGGCGGAUGGCCCCAGGUGUAAGCGCAGAAAGCAGGCGAACCCAAGGAGGAAUAACGUCACGAGCUACAACAAUGUGGUGGAGGCGAACUCAGACUCGGAUGACGAGGACAGGCUGCACAUUGUGGAGGAGGAGAAUGUUCCGGAUGAUAGCACCGCGCUGGACGACGAGGCACCGGUCAAGCCUGGAGACCCGGAGGCCAGCUGGGAUGAUGCAGCAGAGGGCAACCUGGGGCCCAAACGGCAGCCACAGGGAGGCCGAUUCAAAGUGAAGGAUGAGUGUCCUUCAGAGGGGGAAGAGGACUGUGGCACGGAUGCUAUGGUGGAGGAGAUCCUGCAACAGGGAGACACCGCCAUCAUCUACCCAGAGGCUCCAGAGGAUGAGCCGCGCCAGGGAACGCCCGAGGCAGGCGGCCACGAUGAGAACGGUACCCCUGAUGCCUUCUCCCAGCUACUCACGUGUCCCUACUGCUCCCGGGGCUACAAGCGCUACACAUCCCUGAAGGAACACAUCAAGUAUCGCCAUGAGAAGAGUGAGGACAACUUCAGCUGCUCCCUCUGUAGCUACACCUUCACGCACCGAACACAGCUGGACCGGCACAUGACAGCACACAAGUCUGGCCGAGAGCAGCGGCACGUGACCUCAACAGGGGGCAACCGCAAAUUUAAGUGCACCGAGUGUGGCAAGGCGUUCAAGUAUAAGCACCACCUGAAGGAGCACUUGCGCAUCCACAGUGGAGAAAAGCCGUACGAGUGUUCCAACUGCAAGAAGCGUUUCUCGCACUCAGGGUCCUACAGCUCUCACAUCAGCAGCAAGAAGUGCAUUGGUUUGACGGCAAAUGGCCGACCUCGCCCUGGGACCAAAGGCUCACGGUGCGCAUCGCCAGCACUGCCUGCGUCACCCUCUGCCCCUCCCACCCCCGCCCGGAUGCAGCUUCGUGAGAAGAUGGACAAUGGCAGGGCCCUGCAAGAGCAGCUACCCCUCAACCAGAUCAAGUCGGAACCUGUAGACUAUGAGUACAAGCCUGUGGUAUUAACCUCUGGUGUGAAUGGUGUGUUUAAUGGGGGUGGUGCCCCCCUCCAGGCGGCAGUGACCUCAUCUAUGGUGCAGGCUGUUGUGUUGCCCACAGUCGGCCUGGUCUCCCCCAUCAGCAUCAACCUGAGCGAUAUUCAGAACGUUCUCAAGGUAGCCGUGGAUGGAAAUAUUAUCCGGCAAGUUCUAGGGAAUGCCCAAGUUAAUGGCUCGCCCAAAGUCAUGGGGGCAACAGGUCAAGCUCAGCCAGGCAGUCCCUCGGUGAUCUCUGCCAUCAGCCUGCCCAUUGUCGAUCAGGAUGGCACUGCAAAGAUCAUCAUCAACUACAACCUAGACCCAGGGCAGGCCCAGCAUGCAAUUCAUGGCCCUAAGGAGGCAGAUGAAGACAUGUGCAAAGCCGAGAAGUUCCCUGAGGACCUCACUGUUAAGGUAGAGAGAGGUGAGCAGAUGGGGGCAGAGAUGGAGAAAGACAAGGGCAAGGGUACCUGUCUGCUAUGCAAUGACUGCCCAGCUAGCGUGGACACACUUGACGAGAUGAAGAGCCACAAAACCAAGGGGACAAAGAUCAACGGAGCAGGGCCAGACAAGACCACCAUCUCGUCCCUGCUUGCAGACGGUGGCCUGUCCCCGGGUCAGCCUCCCCUCAAGAACCUCCUGUCGCUUCUCAAGGCGUACUACGCCUUGAACGCAGAGCCCACCAAGGAGGAGCUGGUCAAAAUCUCAGACUCUGUCAGCCUGCCUCUGGAUGUGGUCAAGAAGUGGUUUGAAAAGAUGCACACGGAUCAAAUUCCUAUAGGAGGUGCCAGUCCACCCCCGGGACAAGAGGCGCCCCAGCCUGAGCUGGACUUCAUUGGGGCAGCUGCCGCUGCCACCUCUACAGCAGUGGCAGCAGUGCCACGACAGGAGCGGGAUGGUGGAGAUGUGGAAUCUGGUGGAGAACCUGUAGAUGGAGAUGGCCCAGGGGCACAGUCCCCAUCGUCUCCCUCACCGAUGAACCUGUCUGCCGGGGCACCUACCGAGGAUGGUAGCGGUGAAGAGCCACUCGACCUAUCACUACCGAAGCUCCCCCGAAGGGAAUCAGCCGACGGUGGGGCUUUGCCAAGCAGUAUUUACUCCAUUCAGGAAGAGCCCUUGAACCUGACUUGCGCAAAGAAGGAAAUACAGAAGGAGGGGAGUCCAGCUCCUGUGCGCACCCCUCCGCAGAGUGCCAAAGCUGUCAACCUUGUCACCACUCAGUUGCCGACCAUUGUGGCCAUCGCCGACCGGAGCAAUGUCCCCAGCCUGCGGGCCCUCAGCACCAGCAGUAAGACGAUACUGAUCCCUCAGCUGGCAUACUCGUACCCCGCAUCGGGGAGCAGCCCCGCUGCGGUGGACAUCCCACAGAAGACUGCCCAGGCCAGUGGCAGCCAGGAGGACACAAGCUCAGUGGAUGAUCAGAAUGACUCUGACGCCACCCCGCCACGAAAGCGCAUGAGGAAGAUGGAGAACGGGAUGUAUGCCUGCGAUCUGUGCGACAAGAUAUUCCAGAAGAGCAGCUCUCUGCUGAGGCACAAGUACGAGCACACGGGGAAGCGUCCCCAUGAGUGCAGCAUCUGCAGUAAGGCCUUCAAACACAAGCACCAUCUGAUCGAGCACUCACGACUGCACUCAGGCGAGAAGCCCUACCGGUGCGACAAGUGUGGCAAACGCUUUUCACACUCGGGCUCCUACUCGCAGCACAUGAAUCACCGCUACUCGUACUGCAAGAAGGAGGCGCAGGAGCGUGGAGACGAGGCCGGCAGCGACGACGCAACCCCCCCGGAGGAAGCGAUGGCUUUCACUGCGGGGUCUCUGUCGGACGGCCAGGCUGCCUCGUCGCCCCUGCACCUGGACUCUGACGAACGGGAGAGCAGCACUCGUGAGGACGAGGAGAGCGAGGAGGAUGAGGAGGAAGAAGACAGCGUGCCAGGGGAUGGCAUCAUCGACGAGGAUGAGAUACGGGUGGUGAGGGUAGGUGAGGAGGAUGAGGGAACAGAGAAGGCAGAGGAACCAGAUGAGGAGAUGGCAUGCAGAGAUGAAGAGGUGCCAGUAGCGGACCAUCGGGAACCAGUGAAGAUGGAGGAAGGUGAAUGGCAAGGAGCUAAAGAGCAGUGACUGGGUACGAGAAGGAGGCGCUGGGAACCAGCGUCAGCAUGAAAGGAAUGAGAUGGGAGAGAGAAGGGGAUGGGCUGUUCUGGAACGUGAGCGGACAAGUUCUGGCCCGGACGCCGUGGUCCGGGUCGCUACUGUAUACAAACCCAGGUGUGCCUGACGAAAACCUAUGAAAUGCGUGACUGAGGGAUCUUUAGUGUCAACAGUCUGAACAAAUGAAGUAAAAUGCAUGCAGGGGCUUUGAAGGACCUGAUGCAUUUCAGGCGCCGUGUUGGGAGUUCCGUUUGAUCAGUAUUACUAAUUUUACUCAGUUAUAUUUUAACCUUUUAAGCUGUACAGUCGAGAUUUGUAUACCUUUUUAUCACCAAGGAACCAAAUCCAGUAUUUUGUUAAUUUCAGGAUGGAAAGUUGCGCACUACAGUAUCAGCGGCCUGCGCGUACCCUUCAGUGUUACUGAGUGGAGGAGAUGUUUCGUGGAGGUUGGUGUAGAGUCCGUGUAGCGAGAUGAGCCUUAAGAUGGAUUACCAGGCCCCAGCCAGGUCCGGGGUGAAGCAGGGCGGGGUGCCAAGGGAGCUCUCAGAGGAGACUGGGUGUCACUCUCUGUGGAAUCGCCCCCCCCCCAACCCCACAACCACCCCAGCCUUAUGCAAGACCUGUGUGCUGCAAGUGCCAUUGAACAGUGUUAUUUUAUCAUUAUUAUUGCCGAACCGUCGUAGCCUGUGAGAAUGUUGUCGUGUGGGACCGUAAAGAAGACAUGCAGAGGUGUGUGAGCCGUGGCAGCCUGCGUGUGCCAGGGGGCGCGUACCUGCAUGCCUCAGACGCAGAAGUAGGGGUGCUAAUCGCUACAGCGGAUGGUGACGCUAAUGGGCGAUGGCUCGGUGUAACAGCCAGUGUAACCUGUCAGUAUUAUGACCCAUGGUUUUAUCCUUCAGGAUGUAUGUGAUGGGGGACUUUUUUUGUCAUGUGUCCGCAUCCUGUGUAAUGACCCACACCCCUAAGUUUUUAUAUUUGUGUUUUUAUAUUUCUUGUAUGGUUAUUUAUUACACAAUGUAGUGUACAAUACUGUAGUUUGUAUUAAUACAGUAAUAUAUUUUAGUAUUGAAUUCGAAGGCGAUGGAAAGCGCUGGAAGAGGGUUUCUGGCUGACCGUGAAAAAAAAAGGGCUUGUUUGGAAGUAGUCUCUGCUAAUGCAGCCCUGUGCAUCUCUGCGGAUGUAGUGCCCCCCCCCCCUCCCCCCUCCCCCACCUGACUGUCAUAAAGCUACUGAAGUGUGAGCUAACUGUGACUAAUAGCAUGAUCCUUUUGCUGUGGGGUGUCCCUGGGCUGCCCCUGGGGUGUCCCUAACCAUGAUGCUGCGCUGCGUGAUGAAGCCAAAAUGUCGAUGGACUCAAGUUGAUCAUUUAUUUUUUGGUCAAAUUUUUCUUUCCUCCUCUGUGCCAUUUUCUUCUCCUCGUGUCCAGGAUGCAGGAACCUGUAUAUGACAGCGUAUAAGCCAUGGUCUUUUUUUUUUUUUUUUUUUUUUUUUUUAAAGUAGGUUUUGUUACAGCUCCCCAUGUCACAAUAAACGGCAUUGUGAAACCUGC